AUGCCUUCCGACCGUCGCUCAGCUUCGGCGGGCUCAGGUCACAGCUCACGUUCACGAGCAGAACGCGCAAGCGACAGCAUGGGUCAUGACGGUGGUGAAGCCGGUCGACGCAUCGCCGCAGAAGACGAGUACAUCCGUCGCGAACUCGCAGAGACUACCUCCUUUUGCAACGCUUUCUGGGGUCAAGGUGACGUCGGCUUUGAAGCCAUCUCGGCGCGAAUGAAAGCGUCCCAGCGCACCCUCGACGAACUCAAGUCGCUCUACAAGGAACGCGCCGACAUCGAGGCCGAGUAUGCAAAGCGACUCUCCAAGCUCUCCCGUUCCGCACUUGGCUACAGCGAGACAGGCGCCCUCAAAGCGGCCUUCGAGGUCGUCAAGGCAGAGCUCGACACCACGUCCCGCACCCACAGCGACCUCGCUUCCAUGAUCAAGAAGGACCUCGAGGGCGCCGUCACCGAUUUCGCCAACAAGAGCUGGAACUCGCGCAAAGCGGCACAGGCCAACAUCGAAAAGUUGCACAAGCACAAGCAGACCCAGGAGAGCUACGUCAACAAGUCGCGCGAAAAGUACGAGCAGGAUUGCAUCAAGAUCAACGGUUACACCGCCCAGAGCAGUCUCGUUCAGGGCAAGGACCUUGACAAGGUCGCCUACAAGCUCGACAAGGCCCAGGCCACCGUUAGUCAGAACGACAAGGACUAUCAAAACUUUGUGCGCGCUCUCCGAGACACCACCGUCAAGUGGAAUGCCGAGUGGAAGGCCUAUCUCGAUCAGUGCCAGGAUCAGGAAGAGGAGCGCAUCGACUUUACCAAGAGCAACCUCUGGAACUUUGCCAAUGCCGUCUCAGCCGUCUGCGUGGCCGACGACGAGUCAUGCGAGCGCAUCCGCGUCAGCCUCGAGAAUGUCGACACCCCACGCGACGUGCAGUUCUUCAUUCAGUACUGCGGUACGGGCUCGCUCAUCCCUGCACCUCCCGAGUACAUCAACUACGCCAAGGGACAGGCACCUCCUGCGCGACCCACUUACCAUACAGCUAGAUUCCAACGUAACACAACACGUCCUACGCAGCUUCCCGUACCGCAACAGCCGCCACAGCAAGAAGAGCAGCAUCAGCAGCAACAGCAACAGCAUCAUCAGCCGUCACCUAUGCAGUCACAACCUUCAUCGCAGGCAGCGUCGCCUCUCCCGCCACAGUCCGCACAGCCCGUCCAGCCACUGCAGCCUGCCACGCAGCCAACACAAGCUUCGCGCAACGGUGCUUACCAAGACAAGCCCGUCCCUCCUCAGCCGUUUGAGCAAUCCGGCGAGCCGUCGCACAGACAAUACGAGGCCGAGCCGCAGCAGGCCGCGGCUCCUGCUUCCUCUCGUCCUGCGCCGGCCGCUAGUGCUGCCGAUGACGAAGAUCCCAUUGCCAAGGCCCUCGCCAGCUUGCGGAUGCGUCCUGGCGGAAAGUCGCCCGUCCCAGCGCAAAGAGACGUCGAACCCCAGCCGCCUGCGCCGUUCGCUCAACCAGGUCAGAUCGUCCACAACAUGCCUCCUCAGCAUCGAGCCCACUCUCCUGCGCCAUCAAUGGCCAGCAAUCUGCCACCUCGCGCUCGCUCGCCCUCAGCCGCCUUCAUGCAGGCUCCCGCACGCGCAACGUCGCCCUUGCCAGUCGAGGACGUGGUCGGGCAGUACGGGCAAUCCUUCCCGGGCGAGCGCAAGUCGCUCUCUCGCCAGAACUCAGUUGCAUCUCGUGCAGGCGGACAGGCAGCAAAUGUACCGCCCAGCCCCACCAAGCAGCAUCACGACCAGGGCUUUGCUGGGGUCGGAGCCAGAGGUCGAAGUCCCAGCCCACAGCCGUGGUCUCGACCACCUCAGCAGACGACGCAGCUGCAGUCGCAGCACCCUCAGCAGCAAGCAGCUCAGUCUCCACGAGUGCCAGCACCGUCCACGGAUCAGCCCAAGAGCGGCACGCUUUCGCGACGACAAUCGAACGCGCCUCCCGUUCGCAGCACCACACCGCUGGGCAUUGCUCUGGAUGCCACAGGCUCAGUGACUCACGACCAGAUGGCCGUCGACUACAUGAGGAGGGCGGGCAGCGUUCCACCGCAGCAGCAGCAGCCGCCGCAGCGACCUGCGUCCGCGGCGGCGCAGCAACCUGCUCGCCCACCCUCUGUCGUCCACGCCAACUACCAGCAGCAGCAGCCGCCACGUCACCAGGCCCACCCCUCUGUGUCAAGUCAGUACAGCGCUGCUCCAGCUCCACAGCUGCAGAACCCGUACGGCUAUCAAGGUGCGCCGCCUGCUGCCGACGCUCGUCAGUCUUACCAGGGUCACGCUGCGCAACCGUCCGUGUACUCGACCGUUGGGCAGCCAGCACAGCAGCAGCAGUACGGAGGCUAUGCACCUGCUGGGUACGGUCAAGGGCCCCAGCCUCCAGCGGCGAGUCACGGUGUGCCGUCUCAACUGGCGCAAGGCUCGCAGUACGGUGGCUCGCCGGCGCCAGUGCAGGGCGCUUACGCGGGGGCACCCCAGCCAGCACCUGCGCUCGCACAGCAAGGCUACUACGGCGCGCCUGCCUCACAGCAGCAGCCACCAGCUCCGUACCCGGGCCAGGAAACACCAGCGUCAGCGUACAUGCACGAAUAUCUGCAACAGCAACAACAGCCCCCAGCGCAGACCCAACCGCAACGCGCCCCCAAUGGUGUCGGCCACUCUCACCAGCCGAGCACGGCGAGCGUAGCGCCCUCGCACUACGGGCAGCAGCAGUGGGGACGAGCCACCAGUCCUGCUCCCGCGCCCGCCCCGGCUCCCGCCCCGGCUCCCGCGGCACCGCAAGCGCAGGGUCACGCUCCCACCGGGCAGUACAGCGACGCGGGCCAACCGAUCCUGUUCUACGUCAAGGCGCUGUACGACUACCAAGCGACCAACCCGGACGAGUUCAGCUUUACGACGGGCGACAUCAUCGCGGUGACGCACACCGAGGCGGACGGGUGGUGGCAGGGCGAGCUGCUGGAUGAGGCUCGACGCAAGCACGGCGCCAACACUUUCCCGAGCAACUUUGUCGCGUUACUCAUGUAG